AACCAGAUAAAUACGACCGUCGGUCGACGGCCGGUUAAUCACUCGCUGCAUCACCUCCGUCCACCAUUCGACAAGUCGUCUUCAUCAUCUCAAUUUUUUUCUUCCCCCUUUCCUCAGUGUUGUUGUUACUGCUCCUCAUCAGUGAUUUACUAUAUUAUAAAUAUAGUAGCUAGCCACUCGUCGCAACCUUUAACCAGCCCCUAGUACAAUCAUGAAGGCUGUUAGUUUGGCGGUAAUAAUGGUAGUGGCCAUGAUCCUGUCGCCCACUUGCAGGGCGGACAGUGAUGUGAUCGACGCGGUGGCCAUCCAGCCCGAAACAAAGUACAUCGGCGCCGACUCCAUGUCCCUCUUACAUAAACUUGCAGCGGUCCGCACGUUCAACGCAACCAACGACCGAUCAUCUCGGCAGAAACCUUCCGUGUGGACCGAACUCAUCUCCCGUUUACCCGUUUCGCCGCUCUUUGACGCCGGAGCCAAGGCGCUCAAUGUUGCCCGUUUUUGGCCGGCUGGAUUGGCCUCUCUGGUUGUCGGCACCGCUCCGACCGCAGGUGCCGUCGUAGGAGUUAUAGCCAUAUCCAUCUUUAUUAUAGUCAUUUGGCUCGUCAUCUACAGCAUCGGAGUGUUGCCCGUCGGUGCGGCCCUGUUGGGCCGGCAAGACUUUGACAUGGAUUACUAUCCGGGAGCUGUGGGUCAGCCCGGAAUGAUGCCACCACAUAUGAUGCAGCAGGCAUUCCAAAGACCUUAUCCGUACAACAAGCGUUUCCAGCGGAGCCUGGCCGAUGCCAGUCGAACCGUUAUGGACGCCAUCGAUACAUUCGAAUCGAAAAACAAUAACUAGAAAAACAAAAAGUCGUAACCAAAACAAAAAUGAUCGAUUCUCAUCGAUUUGUGUUGUUCCAAACUGUUUUGCUCCACAUGUGUUUCUUAUCGAUUAUUUUAUUAUUCCCCAAAAAUGUUUCGUGAGCUCUGAGAAUUUCAGUUUAUUUUCACGGUUGUCGUCUCUCCCCCCUUAUAUAUAUAUUAUUAUUAUUA